UCACACACCGCUUGUUUUGUUUACAUUUUUACGUCAAUGGUUUGUUUUGCAAAUAAAUUCAAUUUCUAAUAAGCUUUAAAGAAUUACCAUUAUUCAUAAUAAUAAACGCAGCGUCUGCAGCAAAUAACUAAAAGUGAAAGUAUGUUAACAUUAUACUAUUUAAUGAAAAAGUCCAAAAACAAAACCAAAUUAAACCCUAUCGAAUAUUUAAAAAUUAUCGAUGAAAAUAAAAAUAAACGAUUAAAAUUAAGUGAAAAUUUGUCAUCCAAAUGUAGGGUAUGUUUAAGGGAAGGCGUUGUACCGAUAUUCGGGACAGAAGACACUGCAUUUAUAUUAGAAACAUUACUAUGCGUGGCGAAUGUGGAAGCGAAAGAAAAUGAUGGAAAUCCGAAGUUUCUAUGUGACAUGUGCCAUGAUUUUAUUAAAGGAGCUGCCUUAUUUAGGAAAAUAGCGAGAGACACUGAGCAAUUCCUUCAGCAGCCAGUUAAAGAGGAGGUUGUUGAUGAACAGGACCAAGCUUUCGAUCAAGACCAUGACGCUAGCGAAGGUAGCGUUCAUGACUCCAAACCAGCAGAAGAUUGGGAUAUUGAAGAUACCAGUAAGGUGAAAGCUGAAAAACCCGUUAAAAUCAAAUAUACACCAAAAGUAACAUGUAACAUUUGUCACAAAGUCAUCAAUAGGUCUUAUUACAAAGAACACAUGACAAUGCAUGACCCUGACCACAAGAAGUAUAUUUGUGAUGUGUGUGGAAAGUCAUUUCGGCUGAGAUGUGCGUACCACAACCACAGUUUGAGACAUGGCAAAGAGUUUCCAUAUAAAUGCCAGUUGUGUCCAUACCAGGGAAGAUAUUCAGAGCUACUUAAGACUCACAUGAGGACGCACACUGGGGACUAUAGGUACAUGUGUACAGAAUGUCCAGCCAGGUUUCUGUUCAAGAGUAAUUUGAACAGCCAUGCAUUGAAGCAUAAAGAGCCACAACUCCAGUGUGAUGCUUGCAAAAGGGCCUUUCACACAAAGUUGAUGUUACAAAGGCAUUAUGAAGCGGAUCACUUGGGUAUCAAGAAUCAUGUUUGCAAUAUCUGUGGAAAAGCAUUUGGCUACAGAAAUGCUAUGAUGAAGCACCAGAGACAUGUACACAAGAGAGCUAAGCUCCUGUUUGGUAGAAUGCCAGCUUAUUUAGAGGCUCAGCAUAGCAACUAAGAUAUUAUAAGUAAUUUUACAUAAUGCAUUAGUAUUCUGAUCUCUGUAAAAUUAUGUAAUUUAAACAUACCUAAUCAAUAAAUAUUAAAUUAUUA